UUUUCAUUAGGUGGUCAAAGUGGGAGAUUGGUCUUUGGUGCUUGACCCUCCCAAAGACAACCUGUUACUUGCCGCAGACCUGCAAAGCGAAUGGUCGCUCUCAGACGGUUCCAGCUCUUUUGUCCCACCCCCUCUCUGCGAAUAUCGCGUGGCAAAGGUGCGAGAGGCGGUGCACCGGUCUAGGGCGGCGGUGACGCUCUGCGGUCGCUCCGUCACCGGCUACUUCGAUGUCGACGGCGAAUUUUACUUUCUGGAGGAGGCGGACGAGAGUACCGGCAGACAUGUUCUCUAUCGAAGCAACCUUCCCCACUUUCCACAAAAACGUUCAGCCACCUUGAAGAACUCCGCACCACACAGUGUUUCCGAACAAUGGGUCUACAAUUUGACAGGUGACACCUUCGAGAUCGAUGACGAAGACGAAGGAAUCCGCUUCGAACACGAGUUUCUCGAGGGAACAGAAGAAAAAGUGACAGAAAAUGAGAUUUUAUCGACGAAUACCACUGACAACAAUCCAGACCUGCUUCAAGAAGGAGAUUGGCAGUAUUGGACGGGCGAUGAUGGAUACUUUUAUGAUAUUGGCUGGACUACGAAUACUGUCCAAGCUCGGAAACCGGAAAUGAGAAAUUCUUCAUCCUCACUUCCUGCCAGAUGGAUGGAAAUAGCAGUAGCCGUGGACCACACUGUGAUAUCCUUCCAUGGUCGGAAUAAAGUUGAACAGUAUGUUCUGUCUCUUCUGAAUAUUGUGAGCGCCAUCUACCAAGACCCCUCCUUAGACUCCAACCUCAAGCUUGUCGUGACCAAACUCCUGUUCUACGAGCGCGAGAAGCACCACGUGAUCCGCCCAGGCAACGCCAAAAAGUCCCUGGAGAACGUCAACCUAUGGAACAGGAAGCUGCACGCUAGCGCAGCUGCCUCCAGGCACGACGUGGCCGUCUGGCUAACCCGAUCUGACAUCGGGGGACCGUCGGGGUACGCGCCCGUGGGCGGGGCCUGCGACCCCAAGAGGAGUUGCGCUCUCAACAGGGACGAGGGGCUGACUAGUGCUUUCAUCAUUGCCCACGAGACUGCGCAUAUUUUGGGUUUGAGUCAUGAUGGAGACCUGAAAAAUGGCAACAACUGUUCGCAAGAAGCGCUGGACGGAAGUGUCAUGGCUCCGAUGGUGUCUGCGACUUUCAAUAAGUUCUUCUGGUCAGAAUGCUCGAAGAAAGACUUCAGGAAGUACAGUAGUAAAUGGUCUUGUCUUCGGAACCAACCGAGAGGAAAAGGAGAUAUAUCGUUGAAUGCCACUCUUCAGACUGCAUUUACUAUGGACCAACAGUGUAGGAUGGAGUUCGGAAAUGGGUUCGCCAUGUGCAGAGCCUUCGAAAUCAUCGAACCAUGUCAGCAUUUAUGGUGUGGGCACGAGAAAAGCCCAAUGGUUUGCAAGACCAAGAAAGGACCUCCACUAGAAGGCACUGAAUGCGGUUUCGGGAAGUGGUGUAUGAACGGCUACUGCGAGGACUUCGCUAACCGUAGGGUGGAGAGGGGGCCGAUAGUGCUGAACCCCCAACACGGAGAGUGGGGCGAGUGGGGACCUUGGGGAGUGUGCUCCCGGCCGUGCGGGGCGGGGGUCAGAUUCCGGACCAGGAAAUGCGACAGUCCUCCGCCAUCUUAUGGCGGAAAGCAGUGCGUGGGGAAAUCAGAGGAAUGGAGUAUCUGCAGGGAUCAGGAAUGUCUCGAGCCGCUAAUGGACAUGCGGGCUCAGCAAUGCAAACAGCUGCCGGCACUUUUCGAUUCAGAGGGAAAUCGACAUCUGAACUUCACCUGGCUUCCUUACGAGAGUGACGAAAAUGCUAAGAAGUGCAAGUUUAUUUGUCUGAAUGCUGAGAGGAAAGAACUUUAUAUCAGCUCUGAAAAUUUGAUAGAUGGUACACCUUGCUCCUAUGACAAUGAGGACAAUAUUUGUGUUCAGGGGCAAUGUCAAGUAGUUGGCUGUGAUGGAGUUCUGCAUUCAACGAAGGAAAGAGACAGGUGUGGAGUAUGCGGAGGUGAUAAUUCUGGAUGUUCAGAGAUGAAAUCGACUCUGAAUAGAAAACUAAGGAGAGAAUCGAGCAGGGUGGCUAUCCUUCCGAAAAUGGCAAGACAAAUUAGGGUGGAAAUCAACGUCACCGUCUAUCACUCUGAUAACCCUCUCUUGGCUCUCAUUCUCAAGAACAGAAGAAAGAAGAAGUACGUGGUCUCCAUACCAAACACAGUCGUACACACCAAAAUUCUUGAAGGAACCAAAUUCUACUAUAAGAAAUUCAACAACAGACACAGCCUGUGGUCUACUGGACCGUUGAAAAACGAGAUGGUCAUUUUGGCGAUAGUACCCAAAACCGAGCUCAGAGCUGGCAUGAACAUCUCCUGCAGCACCUCGUACAGCAUUCACAAAGACCACCUGAUCCCCUCCAAGAGGUACACCUGGAUCAUCGGAGGUUGGGGCCCGUGUUCUGCCAGCUGCGAUGGUGGCAAGCGGCACAGGACGGCCGCUUGUUGGGAUAAUUUGCAGGACAAGAUCGUGAAGAGGAAUCUUUGUUCAUUGUUGAACAGACCCAAGCUAGGAUCAGAAAAAUGCAAUACAUUCGGGUGCAGCUUUGAAUGGAUAGCAGGAGAAUGGGAACCAUGCCCAGUAUCGUGUGGCACCAAAGGAAUACAGCAGAGGCAAAUUUACUGCGUACCUAAUUCCGCUCUGUCGGUCAUACUAAACCAGUUCAAUGGUACCAUGAGGGAACCUUGGAGGUACCUGGUCCAUCCAAGGAGAUGCUCGGACUCCAAACCGUUAAGCACCAGGCCUUGCAACAGGCAACCGUGUUUUUCGUAUUGGAAUUUCACAGAAUGGUCACAGUGUUCAUCAUCUUGCGGGCACGGCAUCCAAACCAGGUCCUUCGUUUGUCCCCCUCCAGAAGACGAAACCUUUUUCACUUGUGGUCCCACACCUACUGCGCAGAAAAGAAGCUGCAGCGGGCCUUUCAACAGACGCUCCCACCACCUCUGCAGAGGCAGGAGAGGGGCAAGAUGCGUCAAAGACGAGUCCGAGUAUUGCAGUUUCGACCUUCUGCGCAGCUACUGCAAACUGGGCGGUUUCAGGAAGCUGUACUGCAAAUCUUGUUCGGGGCAUACGGUCCAGUUGGACAAUAAUUCAGUAGUGUCGCUAAGCCUUUGA